UUUGAAAGCGCAGGGUAGCUGCUGGAGGCUAGCGUGUGUUAGCCGCUUGAUUUGCAGAGAGAUGUUCUCCACUGUAAGGUCCUGCAGUACAGGAGAGGAUGGAUUGGGUGGCGACGACUCAAAGAGGACAAAUAAGUCUGUGGGUGUGGGGACUGAUCUGUCCAUGGCAGAGGUUGAACAUCUAGAGAGUGAAAUCACAGAGCUGAGGGAGGAGGUGGCCAGACUGGAGGUGGAGCUAAACCGAUGGAGGGGAGGAGCAUCCAAUACAGAGGUGUUGGAGAACUGCGGCACGUCGUCCUUUAGCUUUAAAUGGGAUCCAGACACUGUACCGUUACAGAUCGACGAAAACGUGACUGCAAGCUCACAAACUUUAGUCAAGAUGGAGGAGGAACCGGUAAUGCUUGUGGUCUGUAAAACUGAACCAGACGAUGAAGACUAUGAAGACCAUGAAGAUCCCAGUCUGUCGGUGCCAGAGAAUUUAUCAACUCUUUACAAAGAAGAACCUCCUCCAGCAGAAGGGAAUCUCUUGGUGGUGGAGGAUGACGUUCAGCAGAUGUUUCAGACUCAGUUAUUGACUUGUUCAGUAAAGCUGGUGGACUGCAGGAACAUGCUGGAGAUGGACGGACAUAUCAAAGUAGAAGAGCAACAGAACGGCAGCGCUGUCACCGAAGAAGAAGAUGAGAAGAAUAUUACUCUUUCAGAUGAGCCUCAACUAAUGUCCAAUAAUAUCAGAUGUGUGUCUAAAGGAGAACCAGAUGACGACAACAGCAGACGAAACUCAGCCAGUCCUACACCUCAUCAGAGUCUCAGCGAUGGCUUCCCAACAAAAUCAGACCACCUCAAACCCUCAAAGCUUCACAGCGACAAGAAUCCUCUCUGUGGAAAGAAGUUCUUAACGUGGUCAAACCUGAAGGAAUGCCAAUGAAUUCAUACUGGAGAGAAGACUCUUGACUGUCUCAUAUGCGAAAGAAGCUUAUCUGAUCUCUUCACCCUUGAUAGGCACCAAGCAAUAUAUACCGGGCAGAGCCCACACCACUGCACUCUGUGUGGACGACAGUUCAUGACUUCAUCAGCAUUGAAGAUCCACCAGAGAAUACAUACUGGAGAAAAGCCCUACGGAUGUCCUCAGUGUGGAAAACAAUUCACUCAACAGUCACACCUGAAGAUCCACCUGAGAGUACAUACUGGAGAAAAGCCAUACUCUUGCGACGUGUGUGGGAAGCACUUCACCCACUCCUCAAAGGUGAAGAUUCACCAGAGAAUACAUACUGGAGAGAAGCCUCUCGUUUGUCUCACUUGCGGAAAAAGCUUCUCUGAUCCCUCUACACUUAACAGGCACCAGCGAAUACAUACGGACAGAGGCCGCACCACUGCACUGUGUGUGGAAAGAAGUUCAACAUAGCAUCAGAGCUAAAGGUCCACCAGAGAAUACAUACUGGAGAAAGACCUUUCCAGUGCAUGAUUCCAGAGUGUGGGAAGACAUUCGCGAGAUCGUCAAAACUGAAGGUCCACCAGAGGAUUCAUACUGCAGAAAAGCCCCAAGUAUUGAACUGUGGAGCAGUGCAACUAUGUUCUCUAAAAUGACUGAACGCUGCUACUUUUAAUGGGAGAAGUUUGGGAUGAGUUGGCAUGGUGACCAACCAAUAUCCUGUCUUCAACAUCCUGAACUUUCAUGUUUGCAAUAAAAUCCUUACAGCAAUGCUCCAAAAUCAAUUAGUAAGCUUCCCAUGGACAGUAGAGAUGGUUACCCCAACAGUAGCAGGAUAGAAAUACCUAUUUAAUACCCUUGAUUUACAAAUAUACUGAAUCAAUAUGUUUGUCAGGGUUCUUGUUCAUGACAUCACUGGGAACGAUUGAGACAUUGUCAGGCUGAUGAAUGCUGGGAAAUUCAUCAAAACGACCAUCCUGGUUCUCCCAGUCCAAUGAUGCCUUACCAUUGUUCUGGAGUGCAUGGUACAGGCAUUGUCUAGCAGUCAACGGUCUCUCUUCAGGAUGUACACUACCCACUAAAGUUUUCCCUUUUUUAAGUAGUUCUUAAAAACUGUUUUAUGCCUUGUUUCAAGACACAUUAUCUAAUCAAUAUAUGUAAAUUAGGGUAAAUUAUGCCUGAUGUAUGCAAAUUAGUGUUCACCGUUUUUGUGUGUUUGUUGUUGAGUGGAAUAGUAAAAACAACAGUGCAUUUUUGUAGGUUGAUUGGUGAGGACGAUUAGGAAUCUCUGUAUUUGUAUUGUAAUAAAAUCAUUACAUGCAUGUUUGCAGAUA